AUGCAUCUCCCCAGUUCCAUAGAGAACGCGACGCCAUCCCUAGUGCAGGCUCCAGGGAGUUCGAAGCCUCCAGGCUCCCCUCUGGGACCUGUUUGCGUGGCUAGAUCCCCCAAAGUGCAGGCUCCAGGGAGUUCGACUCCUCCAGGCUCCUCUCUGGGUCCUGUUGGCGUGGCUGGAUCCACCAGAGAGAACGCGGCGACAUCCCUAGUGCAGGCUCGAGGGAGUUCGAAGCCUCCAGGCUCCUCUCUGGGCCCUAUUUGCGUGGCAGGAUCCACCAAAGGUGAGCUUCUAAGGCUUCAUGGGUUGGACCUUUCUCACGGUCAACGCGACGCCAUCCCCAGUGCAGGCUCCAGGGAGUUCUACGCAUACAGGCGCAUCUCUGGGCCCUAUUUGCGUGGCUGGAUCCACCAGAGUUCCAUUGUGAACGCGACGCCAUCCCUAGUGCAUGCUCCAGUGAGCUCGACGCCUCCAGGCUCCUCUCUGGGCCCUAUUUCCGUGGCUGCAUCCACCAAAGUCAACGGGACGCCAUCCCUGGUGCAGGCUCCAGGGAUUUCUACGCCUCCAGGCUCCUCUCUGGGCCCUAUUUGCGUGGCAGGAUCCACCAAAGGUGAGCUUCUAAGGCUUCAUGAGUUGGACCUCUUUCUCACGGACACAUACGAAUGCGAUCGCCCCUAG